AUGACAUCUAAUCCGAACACCGGCGGUGUCCAGUUGACCUUCCUUACAACGGGAACGGUACGCAUUAGACCCUCAAUGUGCUCGCAACCAGUGAGCAAAUUCGCAAUUCUUCGACGUCUCCGAUCAAUUUGUGACAGAACAUGGACUGAGCCAUUGCCCGUUGGGGUAUUUCUCAUUCGCCAUCCUGAAGGUCUCUUCCUCAUGGACACCGGGCAAUCUCCAUGCUGCAACGACGCCGGAUAUUUCCCGAGACUCGGUGUCCUCAAUGGAUUACUAAGCGAAUUCACCAUCGAGCGUCAAGAUGGAGUCCUUGAACAACUUCAUAAGUUCGGAAUCAAGGCGACCGACCUCAAAGCCGUGAUUCUGAGUCACCUCCACAACGACCACGCGGGUGGAUUAGAGGACCUGGUUGCGGAAGCACCAGAUCUGCCUAUCUACAUCAGCCGUGAGCACUGGAAAGCCUUUGGGGAACAUCCUCUCUUUGCAAGCAUCGAGGGAGCAACACCCAAUCACUGGCCAAAGGAAUUCUCACCAAAGAUUGUGGAUCUGCAGGACAGACCCCUUGGACCCUGGGCGCAGUCCUAUCCCGUGACAGAGGAUGGUAGAAUUGUUAUCGUUGAUACCUCGGGACAUGUUCCCGGGCAUAUCAGUCUGGUGAUAUACGGUGACGGAGAAGAUGGGCAGAGUCAGGUCACAUACUUCCUCCCUGGGGACGCAACAUACGGCCUGGAGGGUUUGGACAAGGAACAGCCCGAUGGAGUUAACGACGAUCCUAUGCGUGCUUACCAAACGUUAAAGACCAUCAAGCAAUUUGCGAAGGAGACUGAUGUGGUUGUAUUGCCUAGCCAUGACAUCAACACACCUCGCUUGCUUGCUGAGCGAGUAGUCUACCGCCCUCAAGAGUCAGAGUGA